GUAACAGUUUGCUCGCGGGCAAGGUUCAGCCGUCAUUGCUCUUUAUUGCUAUGACUGUUGACACAAAGUUCAUUGUUUAGCACUUCCAGAUUAAUAUAGUACCUAGUUGGACUAGGUAGCCGACUUAUUCUUGCUGAACGUUGCAAUAGAAGCAUUUAAAUGUGAUUUGUGUUGCUUUUGACGUUACCUUAUUUACAACGGAGGAAAAAAAAGCUUAAGGAAAUGCCAUCGGCAAGGAAAAAAUUAAUGUUUAUGGCUGGAUUUUCUGUCAGUCUGGGAACUUGCAUGUUAAUAUCUGCAAUAAUGGCAACGAAUGCAUGGGUCGACACUGUCGUAGGCUGUGAAAACAAAAGUGGCGAUGCGUAUGGAGAAUUGAAACUUAAAUAUGGGCUAUUUGAAGGUUUGCGUACCAAAGCUGGCUGUCCGAUCCUCAUUGGUGACGGGAAUAUCAAUGUUUUGGAAUGUCUUGAAAAUGGAGGAAGUGCAAGAGUUAUCCACAUCCUAGUUAUCCUGUUCCUUGUUUUUGGACUGUUGUUUUCACUGCUAAGUGCCAUUGUGACCUUUUACAACAGUGUCAGUAAUCCAUAUGAAAACAUCUGUGGACCUAUCAGUAUUUAUGCAUGUAGCUCCAUUAGCUGUAUUUCAACGUUUUUGGCGAUGAUUCUGUUUGCAGCAAAUACAGCAGCAAAUAAUUUAUCAACAAUACUGGUGAAGAAUUCCAUCGAAGGGAACCCGGUUACAUUGGCACAUAAGACUAAUAGUUAUGAGUACUCAUUUUGGCUUAUCCUGCUCUCACUGGCACUCAGUGUUUCCACGAUUGGAAUUACCUACGCGUAUCAACAUGCAAACUACAGCAUAGAAAGAGAACAAAAAAGACCAACCGAAAAUGCAACCAAUGAUGUUUUCAUGUACUAGUUUGUGUGGACUAGGAAAUUUGAAACUAUUGUGAGAAAGAUUAUAGAAGUGACGGGUCAUUUGUUGGGAUAUCUACCGGCCAUGUGAUUGCCAUAAAGCAAACAUACAGAGAGAAUGCCAACAUUGUUAUUCUUUCAUUUCAUUUCACCACUUUUUAUACACAGACAUAUGCUGCAGACUGCUACCCUCUACUGACAAAACAAGAAUCACAAUGGAAUGAAAUAUCCCACAAAACAACACGUAUUUCACUAAAUAUAAACUUAUUCCUGAGGGUAACUUCCAGAUUUUUGAAGUUGAAACAAUGAUUACAAGCUGCUCAGAACAUGAUGUCAAAUAGUGUGGAGGCUGAUUUUUCAUUGCCCUGUAUUACAUUGCUGGGAUUAAUUGAUUCAAUGCAUUAGAGCAACUCCCAUCACUUUCCUGGAAUGGGCACGUGCACAAAAUACGGUGGAAACACAAUCCUUACCUUCUUGAUAGCUUUAAAUUUAAUAACACAUUCUCAUUAUGCUCUGCACAACAUGUGCUGCCUAUUAAAUUAUGCCAGGUCAGCGGAAAACAUUUACCGAAUUGAAAAUUGGGUCUUAGGUCACAAUUAUAAAUUCUGUAUGGUUAAUAUUGCCUUACACCAACACAAUGAAAAGCGCUAACCUUCUGUUGGCUGUAAUUACAACUUCAAAAUUGAAAAUAACUACCCAGCACAAUGUACAAUAUCUGCAAGAUAACAUGGUACAAAUGAUAAUGAAAUAAGUGAUAAUUAUUAUGAAUAACUUGAGUUAAUUGAAAAGUGCAGACGGCAUGUGAAGAGUGCAAUUAUUAUUCAGUUUUGCGUAGCAUAUGGAAAUCUAGCAACAUAUGUUUAUUUAUUUUGAAGAACAUCAGCACUAUAUUAUACAGUGCAUAAAAGAUGGCGAUAUAACAUCACAUUUUUUACAUAUUAAAAUUUCAGUGUUACAGAUAAACCCGCACUGAUUAUCGUUGAGUGGACAGAAUCUAAUGCACUGAAAAAUAUAUUUAUCGAAACUGCAAUAUGGCAUCAAAUUUGCUUUGGAAAUCUCUUUAUUAUAAAAUGUUAUUAAUCACUGCAUACUUUAAUGGAACUCAAGUGACAUCUUUAAAACAGAUAUUGACUUUUUAUUUGAAUGUCUAAGUAAAAAUGCUGUGUAAACUAUAGUAUGCCAACAUGAAUUGUGACAAUAGAAUUUUCCAAACAUUUCUGUGCUAUUUAGCAAUGUUAGCACUGAUUCCAGAUACUUUGAUAAUAAAAUAUUCAGUUCAAAAUUUAUAAGGACAAACAUUUUUGAUUGGAACGAUGAACUUUUAAAAGCUAUACCUUUGACAGUCUAGUUUUGAACUGGACUUGACUUCAUUAUUUUCUGAAAACUUAGUUACAAAUCACUGUCCUUGUGAUCAGGACUGUAAACAUGACAUACUAAUCGAAGAUCUCAUUGGGACAAUUUGAUCACCAUUCCCAACUCUGUAUUGUAAACAUUAUUGUGCUCUGAACUAUUUAUUGACUACGACUUCAUUUGGCAGAACCAUGUGCAAUAUCUGUCAGAUACCUGAUAUAUGUGUCGGUGCAGAGGAAAAUAAAGAAGUGGGAAUGAUAAUGAGUGGCAAUUCAGAUGCUGUAUGAAUAUUUUAAAUGGUGUCAUUUGUUAUGUUGAUAUGGGAAAUUCUGCACCGAUUCUUCAAAAGAAGAGCAGUGAUAUUAUUGCCAAUGUCCCGUAAGUUACUAAAAUAGAAUGGUAGAUCAUUAUUACAUUUUUGGCUAGCUUGCUGUGUGCAGAUUGGCUCAUGUAUUUCAUACACUUCAACUCUCCCUUCAGUUCAAAAAUACAUUAGCUGUGAAUCAUUCUCUGGUAUCUCAAGACAACAAAUGAAGGUCUUUGUCUCUUCAAGAAGGUAGAAUUAGAAUAGUACAGCACAGGAACAGGAUCUUCAGCCCACUACGCCCAUGCCAACAAUGAUGUCAAGUUGAACUAAUCUCCUCUACCUGCGCAUAAUCCAUAUCCACCCAUUCCCUGUAUAUUCAUGUGUCUAUCUAAGAGCGUCUUAAAUUACACCUUCUUUUCUGCCUCCACCACUAUCCUGGCAGCACGAUGCAGGCACCAACCACUCUGUGUAAGAAACUUGUCCAUGCAUCUUCAUUUACUCAAUUAGGGCUUGGACACACUAGAGGCAGGAAACAUGUUCCCGAUGUUGGGGGAGUCCAGAACCAGGGGCCACAGUUUAAGAAUAAGGAGUAAGCCAUUUAGAACGGAGACGACAAAACACUUUUUCUCACAGAGAGUGGUGAGUCUGUGGGAUUCUCUGCCUCAGAGGACGGUGGAGGCAGGUUCUCUGGAUGCUUUCAAGAGAGAGUUAGAUAGG